AAGACUUAAAAAAUGAUUGCUUUGAGAUCUUGGGUAGUUGCAAAUUUCUGGUUGUGAUGGUUAAUGGAAUCUAUAUUUUCUUGUUAAUGCUUUUGAGAGAGCAUAUUCAUCAUAGAGAUGUUAAGGAUCUCACAUCGAAAAGAUAAGAGACCUAAUAAGAAUUUAUAAUAGAUAUGGACUACUCCUCUCAUUGUCAAUUGGUUUCGAGAUGAAACUCCAUGAAUCUUAAUAUAAUAUCAGAGUCCAAAACACUCAAACGAGCAUCCAGUCCAAAAAUGGGAUCCGACCAAGAUUGGUGAAUCCAAAAGAGACACCGUCUUGAAGGAAUAUGUUAAGGAUCCUACAUUGUAGCCAAUUGGUUUUGAGAUGGAACUCCGUGAAUAUUAAUAAGAGAUUGGUUGCACCUUUUGGUUUGUGUGUAGAUAGUAAAUUUUUAACUGCAUCUUUUAAUGCUAAAUAGUUUGAUCUUGUUAAAAAAAUCUUUUACAAUGACGUUGAAAUUUGGAUCUAAUGUUAAGAAUCACUAGAUUUGUUGACAUACAAUACAAGGCUCGCCCUUCUUUUCUUCUUUCUUUCUUUGCUUCUGACACUCAUAUGUAGGUUUUCAGGUAGAAACACCCUUUCUAUUAUUUAUGAUUAGAGGAAAUUACGAGGAGCCAAGGGACAAUUAGAGAGCUCUAGAAGAUAUUAUAAACAAUUGGUUAUUUACUUGUGGAAUAAUCACUAAAAGGUUGAUUUAUUUGCACUUACAUUAAUGCUUUUAAUGUUAAAUGUGCUACAUAAUAUAACUUAAUCAAGCUGAUUACAUGUAGCAGUGACUUUGAGUCAUUUUAAAGCUGAUUUUUAACAUCCAAUUACUAUGAUGUAGUUCUCAAGGGGUCUCAAGGUGAAGGCAUAAAUUUUAGGAGUGAUGCUGAUGACACAGAUAGAGGAUGCAUCUUUAUUUGGCCAGGAUGAUUCCCCUGACCUACUUGACAUUCUUGAAUGGGCCAAGGUUCUAUAAAAAUUAACAAUUGUGCUUUUGUAGGUGGCUUUCUUGCCAUUGUCUUUAAUAAUUAAAUUUAUUUGAAUUUACAUGAAAAUAAGAAUGGAUCAUUGUAAAUCAUAUGAGUAUUACCAGCAAUACCCUGUUAGGGGCCAUAUCUAUUAAGUUUCAACCUUUGGAGCACAUGCAUCCCAUGGACAUCCCAUGGAGUAUUAUAGAUCAAGUGAAACGAUUCUACAUGUUGCUGGCUUGACCGUCAAUCCAGGAUCAUGUAGUACAAGUCUUGAAUUGGCUUAGACAAUUUUAUUAUUACUUUUUCAGGAUUAAUGAUGGCCUCAUAUGUGGUAUGAUAAGCUUUGAGGUUCUUGUCAAAGUCUCUUCCAAGACAUAUCUUGUUUGAUUCCUUGAUUUAGCCUCAUUUCUAGUCAAUUUUCAGGCACAAGGUGCUCUCAUGGUAGAUGAGGAAGCAAUUUCCUUAUCAAUAACUGUCGCAAGCAUUUUUGGUUCUUUAUUAUGCAUGGAGCAUGUAAGUUUAUUAUAUCAGUUUUAGCUGGAACACUGCUAGAUAAGUAGAUUGUGAUAAUUUGUUUCAAUUUGGUACGUGAUUUCUCUUGCAUCAUCUUUGUUCUGGUCCAAUGAUAAAUAAGGGCUGAUUGUUGUGUUUAAUUUGGUUGUUAUUUAUUUAUUUAUUUUUCUCUUCAUACACCUAUAAGGUAUUUAAGUUGGAUGGGAGAAUAAUUCAUGUACAACAUGCAGGGUAUCCUAUCUGCUUUAGUUUUAUUUUAUCGAUUAUCCCUAUAAUUCAUCCCUACACAAUGGCAAAGCUUGCUAAUGCCAAUAUGAUUAGUAAUCUCUGGUAUAUUUUCAUGAGAUAUUAUAUUUCUCUUGUUUUGGAGGAUAUUUUUGUUUAUUGGCUUCUGAACAUAUCAAUUGUUAUCAAUCAUAAAUAUAAACAGUCAGAUUUUACCGAAGGACAUGCUGGAUUUUUUGGGAUGCGCUUGUUCCUUACGUAAUAAGUAUUUGAUUUUUAGCUGUUUACUACAGCUAUUUCUGGUGAUUUUUCUAAUUGAUUACUAAUGGAAACUUUUGAAUAGGUUGAUACGAAGAAUAAACUAGAGAAGUACAGUCAAAGUUAACAAAUGCCAUUCUGGUUGAUGUUAACAACAACCAGGUCAAGGCCCUAACAGUGCCUCAACUACCUAAAUAAAGGAGUUAUUCUCAUCAUUAAGAUUGUAUCAAGCAAAGCCAGUCGGAGAAAGUUAUUUGGGAGGAAAGAGGCCUGAAUGCACUGAUGUGCAGGUUGAAGCCACCGAUGUUUUCUUAGAAGUGCAACGGUUGUACUUGGGCCUUCUUUGCUCUGGCCUCCAUUCACAAUACAGUUACAAAAUCCAAUGACGAUAAGAAGCAGAAGGAGAAGGAGAAGCAGGAGUGGGAGUGAUUUAUAUUUUUGAGAAGAAAAAAGAAAAGAAUGGAGGGGGAGACAUUCUCAAUCUCAGGAGGAGCGGUGGGCAAUGGAAGGGCGAUUGAUGGGAAAAUGGUGCAGACUUUUCAGAAGAAGUUGGUUGAAGUUGAGAAAAUUUUGGACCAAAACAGAUUGCUGAUCAACGAAAUUAACCAAAACCAGGAGUCGAAGAUGGCCGACAACCUGGGCAGAAACGUGGGUCUCAUCCGCGAGCUCAACAACAACAUCAGAAGGGUUGUGGAUUUGUACGCCGACCUCACCAAAUCCAUGGAACCCGACGCCAAGCCUGGCUACAAGCGGAACCGACCUCCUCCUUCUCCUCCAUAACAAUAAUUUCCCAGAUUGUGUGUUUCCCUGUCCCCUGGAUCUAAUUCAAAAAUUAAGCUUAUAUUUGGUAGUCUAUUUGCUCAGACAGAACUUGGAAUUACUGUAUUUGUGUUUUCUUUUUCAAACUCCCUUGGUCUCUGUGAACUGUGAAGAAGAAGAUGGCAGCUUUGGAUGGUGUUUUUGGUUCGCACCCAUUGGCCAUUCCCACCACAACAACAGAAUCUCAGAAAUCUGAAAUACAACUUUGACUGGGUCAGCUCAGCUGGGUCAGGGUGGGAUUGGGAAGGUUAAAAACACACACACACACACCACUAUACUUGUAAAGAUACAGACAGACAAGUAAAACAGUGACACCCAACAACAUGACACAGGGUCCCCAAGCUUCUCACUGUUGGGUUGGAUUUGGAUUUUGGAACUCACCUUCUCCAUACUUAUCCCCUCCUAUUCUUUUUCUUUCUUUCUUUUCUCCAUACUUCUAUUCAUAAUGCUAAUACUAAAAAUCUUAGCAUCAA